GGAUACUGUGGGCACUUGUGACGGGGGAAGAAAGAACAACUCGUGCCAGCGAUAUGAGACUUGUGCAGUUUGAGGAGGGAGGAAGGCUUAGGGUUGGGGUAGAGUUGAGUGAUGGCGGAGAUGUAGUAGAUAUAUCUACAGUGGACAAUUCUAUCCCGACCGACAUGAGGAGCUUUCUGGAAGAGGGUGGGGAAGCGCUUGAGAAAGCAAGGAGGGCAGUUGAAAGUGGAAAGAAUGUCCUACAAAGGUCAAAUCUCAAGUUAAAAGCACCAAUCUACAAUCCAGAGAAGAUCAUAUGUACUGGAAUGAACUACGCCGACCACUGCUAUGAGCAAAACAUGCCAAUACCAACAGAACCUGUGAUAUUCAGCAAAUUUGCCAGCGCAAUAGCGGCACCUGGAGAUCCUAUACCCUAUGGCACAGAGACAGAGGAGCUGGAUUUUGAAGUGGAGCUUGCAUUUGUCAUUGGUAAAACAGGCAAAAAUAUCAAGGAGGAGGAUGCAAUGGAUUAUGUAGCAGGGUACACAGUAGCACAUGAUGUGUCUGCUAGAGACUGGCAACUCAAGAAGAAUGCUGGUCAAUGGCUGCUGGGGAAGACAGGAGAUGCUUACUUGCCCCUGGGUCCUGCUAUUGUCACUAAAGAUGCCAUCCCUGACUGUAAUAAUCUUGGUGUGCGAUGCAUAGUCAAUGACAAAGUCAUGCAGGAAUCCAACACAAAGAACUUUGUAUUUACUGUGCCAAAACUUGUUGCUUUCAUCUCAAGGUUUUUCACAAUCAAGCCUGGAGAUGUUGUCAUAACAGGUACCCCCCCUGGGGUUGGUUGCUUCCGCAAGCCUCCAAUUUACCUUAAGAAAGGAGAUGUAGUGAAAUGCGAGAUUGAUGAGCUUGGACGCAUCUCAAAUAGAGUAGAAUAAUUACCACGACAUAUGCUGGAGUGGAACUAAAUAGUUAUAGAUACAUAGGGAUAUUUUGUAUAGAUGUUGCAGUGGUAUGAGAAUUGGAGAAAAAAAAACUAGAAAAUGAUAAUGAAAGUGGGUUGAUCGGCCCUUGAAUUGAUUAGCCAAUUGGAAACGUUUAUAGGCUGAUUUAGACGGCACAAUUUAGUCACAAGCUACCUGCCUAUGACAUGUCUUAGCCCUAAAAUUACACACUACGACUUUCGGAUUUGUAUGUGCUGAAUACAACUAAAACGUGCUGUCUAAACCAGCCUUAUUAGCCAAGAAAAAGAAACUUGAAUUAAGUUUCGCAUAUUGAGACCUUUUGUACUAUUUGUACUAAUUUUGAGCAUGUAUUUCCAGGGCCAUAAUAUUUGAGGGGGGAGGACAUGACACAGAGAGAUUUUGAAAACAUGGCACACAGCCACACCCUACUAGUCAUUUCCUAACAUCUUUUUUAAACAGUUAAUAAAUCAUUCAAAUGGUAAAACGUUCAACAUUUUAAAAUGACAUCUUAAAAGAUGUAAAAACGUUUGUUGUUUCAUUAGUCAGGAUAUCUAAUCGUCUCACUAACAAAUGAUGUACCCGCACAGAACGUUAUACCAGCGCAUAUUUUUUUUUAUUAAUGCAAACAUUUUCUGUGCGCUAUUCGUCAUCGAUGUCUUUAAAUGAUUAUUUCAAAUGUAGAGUAGCCAAGAUGCACACGUUAGAGGAAAAUACCCCUGGGUUUCCGAGGAUACACUUUUGUGCGUUUUCAAUACGAGAAAUAAUAAUAAAACUAUAGGGGAAAUGGAUGUAUUUCCAGUGUUCCACAA